CUGAGGUUGAUUCACUAAAGGAAGGUAAACAUCCUAGCAGAUGACAUAACAGUACGUUCCUGUUUCUACUCUACUGCAUUAGGUGUGCCGAACUGAACAUCCUGUAACACACCUUUCGAUACGCCUAUCGUGCUAACUGCAGACAAGGCCCAACAUGGAGUUUUUAAAGUUCCUUUUGAUCCUGGUCCUGUCUUCGAGAGGGACAAGUGAUUGUCAAGACCAGCAACGUGUAAACAUGCUGUUGAACAAUCAUUUCCCGCUUUAUCUGAUGAAAGACGAAGAAACUCGUACACCGGGAGUAGAUUCCAAAGGAAUGCGAAAUGUAUACCACGGACAACUUGAAAAAGGCAUAAAUGAAGUCAUUAGCAGAUGCCCUCAGAAAUGCACGAGCAUCGAAUGGAAUAAUGCGUUGAUUAAUAACGCAGACGAAGUGAUAAAGCGAUUGCAUGAAAAUACGACAGCAAUGUUUGUGUUUCCAAUCCCUGUUGAAGUUGGUAAAAAAAUCAGCCAAUACUAUCACAAUGACAGCACAGUACAAGUCAUCGCGAGCCAAAAGCAAAGUAAUUUGAUAAUGAUGGUGGAUAUCGGGAGGUGUCGAGAAGAUCUCAGCUAUGAAAUAUUCCAGAUCAUUCGUAAACAGUCGCCUAUCUUGCCCAUCGUGUUUUUAUUGGCUGCCAUUGCUGGCGUCAUCUUGUGGGUAUUGGAAGCGCGCCAAAAUGCUCAGGAAUUCUCGAGUUCUUUCUUUCGUGGAACUUUCGACGGGUUCUGGUGGGCUUUUAUUUCCAUGACGACGGUGGGGUAUGGAGACAAGACACCUCGUACUGUGCUUGGUCGAGUGUUUGCCAUGAUUUGGAUCAUCAUGGGGAUUGUUAUCAUAUCCUUCUUCACUGCCACCAUUGCCAGCACAAUAACCAUAGCAACAGUAGAAAAAAGCUGCCACACGUUGAAAAACAGAAAUGUCGCGAUAAUUUCGAAUGAUACGAAAGUCAAGGACUACGUUACGGAACAGGGUGCCAAAAGCAUUAAAGAGUUCGACAGUUUUCCAGCUAUGUUCAAAGCCUGGCGCAAUAAGGAAGCUGGAAUAAACAGCCUUUUUGUCGAGGAGCAUACCGCUUUAAUGUAUUUUUAUGGUCGCAACGAUAAUUCCGCGAUAAAAGAUGUGAGGGUGACCAAGUCUACCAAAGACGUGAAGCAAUUAACCUUGUUUUACGUGGUGGUAAAGAAGAGCCCUUCGACAGGAUCAGCUCUCUGUGGCCUGAAUACAUUGGACUUGAAAGAAUUACUUACAGUACCAGAUCUGCCUAAACCACCUGAGAUGCUUCUAGUCACGAAAUGGAGAAGAGUUCUUUUACCAAGCUUCGACUUUGUCAACUUCAACAGUCUCUUAACCAUAUCGCACAAGAAGUCAAAGAAAUGA